UGUUUCGUCCUUUUUUUGUGUGUUCUGCUCUCACCACUUUUCCAGUCCCGGUGUGUUACGGAAAAACAAAUAGGCACACUGCCGAUAGCCUUCUGUGGCAUGAAGCACUAUGAAGCCCUCAUGCCAUCAGCGGACAAGGAAAGUGCUAAAGUCUGAAUAACCAAGCAUGUCUGAAUUUUUGGCGUCCGAAAAAUCUGUCGGCUCCUGUAACCGUUUCUUGUUUCUAAACAUUGUUUUAUUAUGUUGCAGUGGACAAAGUCCCGUCUGGCGGUGUUGAGUCAGCUCCUCCAGCUUGCCCAGAGGCAGUUCCUGCAGCUGGUGCUCCUGCUCCAGUUCGCGUUGUGCGAGCUACCGGCCGCUGAUGCUGCUGUUCCAGCAGCGGUUCUUGUAGCAGGCCCACCGGAGGCACCUCCCGAGUGUGUGCCAGUGCUUGCAGAGGUCGAUGAUGAGGUUCACCUUGGCCACGGUGUCUUGGUGCAAAAGUACAAACUGUCCUACGUAAGGGGAGCCCGGGGAGACUCCAUCUUCGUUAAAGAGGCCAUGAAGCUGAUCUUCGGCAGGGAGGACCUGCAUGGGUCGAGUGUGAGGGGUGCCAUGACGGCGCUUCAAGGGCGCCGUGGCCAAGAAGGUCCUGACUCCAGUCAAGUUGGCAGCAGUCAGCAAUGCCUUCAACGAGUAGAUAUGGAGGCAUCCUCGAGAGGCCUCUCCAGGGAAGAGGAGAGCUCGUGUCAACCUACUGCAGGUCCCAAUGCUAGCGGAGCGGCGCCGGCAACCGUCGAGCGCGUCUUUGCGCACGUUCCCAUUGGAACGCCCGCCGUCCAAGAUGAAGCGGUGGUCCAUGGCCCGCUCCUUCCCGAAGUCGGUGGCAAGAUGGCCGGUCCGGCGUCACUUCCAGUCACGUGCCCCGGACUUCACACCACCACACACCCCAGCGUCUGCGCUACCCUCCUCCUUCAAGGCAGGGAGAUGAAGGAGUCGGUGUUCCCUGCAACUUCUGUGGUCGACGCGGCGACAACCGCAACGAGUGUCCAGCGUCUGGUGCGGCAUGUUUUUUGUGUGGAAAGACGGGCCACUUUGCGGUGGUUUGUCGGAGUCGCCGCCCACCGUCGGCGGCCUUCGUCAGUGAAACGCGGCGAAAGUCGUUCCCCAGCCGUGGCCAGAGCUCCGGCCGUUACUUCGCGGCCCGACCGUUUUCACGGAAUGUGUCGUCAAGAGGUAACAAUCCUGUGAACAUUGUUGGGCCAUCCCUGGUGCCGGAGAUGCUGCCGAGCGUCCCCGUUGAGUCGGCCGAGCAAGCAGCAGGAGCUGUUUAUCGUCGGGAUGCCUUCAUGGCCGACAUCACGCAUGUUGAUGCAGCUCAGGGAGGAGGAGUUCCACGGCAGUAUGUGAGGACGGCGGUUCCCCUGCAGCGACGGCCGUUCACCAUCACGUCCUGCCAAAACCGCCAACCGGCCGGAUCCAAAGAUGCAAGGUCCCGGUCAUCUUCUCUUUUUGUACCUUCGGGUGCCAACACGUCUACAUCGUCAUCGGUCUCGGAAGAGAUCACUCCGAAAGUUCCCGCGGACUUUGACCACGAUUCGUCGACAGCCGCGAUUCUGCGACGCCAUCCUGAGAGCCAUGGGCUGCAUCAACCGCAU